AUGCCGAAGUUUUCCACUCGUGGUAUGAGAAAAUCGUUCUUCUUGAAGUACUCCAAAUGUGGACCCAAACCUGCUGUUUUGCGUCACAUGUAUAGGUUUUUGACAGAAGACGAUACUGCUGCAGAAAGUCGACGUCAAGAAGAAGUUAACAAUAGGGUUACAGAGUUUCUUUUGAACUCUGACAGUACUGAACUAUUGUACGACUUGAGAAAAAAUAAUGGCAGACCAAAGGACACUAGACUUGAUCCAUUUUGGGAUUUAAAGAGCUCUCAUUUAGACAAUAUUGGUGUUGUAGAUGAAAGGAGACAUGGGGACAAGCUGUACAUGCCAGUCGCUAUUAGUGUUGAAAAUUUAAUUGAGACUGUGGCAAAAGAUUUGCCAAAAGAUGCAUCCAUUCCGUCAAAAUCUUGGGUUCAGUUUAACUUCUGGCCUUCGAAUGCUUACACACGAAGCGCAAUGUGCUAUACGGGCCGGUUCAAUGUCAAGUUUGCAGUGCAGCAGAGAAUCAUCAGAGCAAAACAUCCAGAUGCAAAUUUUGCUUUCCAUCAGUACACCAUGAUGAAGGAGAUGGCUUCAAACCUACGUGAUGAAUCAGUGUUCAUCUGCUUGGAUGACAAAAGUGUCGUGCCAAUAGGAGAGCCUGGGAAACCAGUGUCCACUGGAGUUAGGGCACACAAUAAGUCAUUGGUGCCAGUUGCUGCCAAGCUGGCAUCAUUGGACCAUGAUUUCCAUGUCCAUGGAGCUGUUCCAUCAGUUCUGUUCAAGGUGCAUAUUCCAGAAGAUUCAAAAGACAGCUAUUAUAAUGGCCAGAUUCAUGUUGUGGUAAAAGACAAAGUCUUCAGCCCUUCAUCAGCAGCAAGGCACACAACAGAAACUGUAAAAAUUCUUAGGGAAACAGAAAGUGAUGAUGGUGUCUCACUGAACAAACCUAGGUUAUUUGUAUACACUGAUGGGGGGCCAGAUCAUCGUACAACAUACUGGAGUGUUCAACUGGCGUAUAUUGCUAUGUUUGUGAGUUUGGACAUUGACAUGCUAAUAGCUGUGCGCACAGCUCCUUGUCAGAGUUACAAUAAUCCUGCUGAAAGGUGUAUGAGCCUUUUGAAUUUAGCACUGCAGAAUGUUGCUCUUGAAAGAAGCCCUAUGACAGAUGUUCUGGAAUAUAGAACAAAAUCACUUACAUCACUGAAGAAGCUGAGAAAUGCAGCAGAGAGGACGGAGGAGUUGAAGCAAAGUCUCAUUGAAUCAUUAAACCCAGUUUUAGCACUUCUUAAGCAGAGGUUUAGCCAGCUAAAGAAAAAUCAUGAAAAUGUUGUUGCCCAUGAUGCUGCAUCAGAUGGUGAGAUAGAACAGAUGAUGGAGUGCCUUGAAAUCUUCAAUGAUCAUGAUGCAGAAGAAUCCAGCCCUGUAACAGCCUGUAAAGAUCUCGACAAGGCUCCACCACGUCUGAAGGCGUUCUUUAACGCACACUGCAGGAAACGAAAUUACACAUUUCAGAUAAAAAAAUGUGAUGAUGAACAUUGUUGGUAUUGUGUGCUGUCCCCAAGGCGUGCUGAUACAUCAGAGCUUGUGUGGUUACCUGACCCAACAAAAGGCGAUGACGAUUCUUUCCUACCAUUGUCUGAGUGUAUUGGAAAGAACACAACUGACGAGGCCAGACCAUCUCUCGAUGGGAAGGUUUUGGCGACAGAAGCAGACAAGCGCCACAAAUCACAUAUGUCUGCAGCUCAGGCAAGAAGAUAUAUCCUGUGUGCUGACUGCAGAAAGAGACGCGUGGUCUAUUCAAGAACUAAACUGACGGUUGACCAGUGCAGACAACUCGAACUUCUGGAUGAUGCGGUCAUCUACACAUGUGGGUUAGCCAUAUUCCCUGAAGAACAUGACCUACAUGAACAGGUGUUCGUUCGUGAGGGACUGAGUUGUCAAACAGAAAUAGAGACAACAUACUACUCAGCAGUUACACAGAACUUUCCUCCGAUAUGUUAUCACUGUGGUGAUACUAACAUUUUGGGGGAAGAAGUUGAGCCUAUCACAGCGCUUCGACAGCAGUACAGCAUUGUGAGGCCGAUAUGCAGAGGAUGUCUGGAGAGUGGCAAGAUGCCCGCUACAAGAAAUGCUCAUAAGAUGAAUCGAAAACGAAAACUUUAAAUGCUAGACUUUCAUUGACUUCAAGUGAUAUUAAUGUCUUUUUUUACUUUUGAAUUGGGCAUUUUUCACUUUUGAAUUGAGCUGAAAAGAAUUAACAGGUCAAAAGAGUUAGUUAAAAUGUGAUUACUGACCAGUUAAUAUCUGCAACUCAUCUUGCUACCAGUUGUUUUUAAAAAUACAUAUUAUAUUCAAUAUUUUACGUGACUCACCCAGUCCUGUCACACUUUUCUGAAUCCUGCGAUAACUUUAAAAACUCUCAAGACAUCCUCUGCAUAUUGGCCUCACAAUGCUGUACUUUUCUGAAUCCUGCGAUAACUUAAAAAAGUGUCACACUUUUCUGAAUCCUGCGAUAACUUUAAAAGUUCUUCAUACUUUUUCAUGGCACUUGAAACAUGGUCAGAUGACAAUAUGGAGAUUAUGCACGUCUUUUAAUUUUGUUCCUACGUCUGUGUUUUAUUAAAAUGCUCUUGUAUAGAGUGAUUUAGAUAGUCAUUUGUAUUUUGGUCAGAUGACAAUAUGGAGAUUAUGCACGUCUCUUCAUUUUGUUCCUACAUCUGUGUUUUAUUAAAAUGCUCUAGUCAUGUAAUGUAUUUUGGUCAGAUGACAAUAUGGAGAUUAUGCACGUCUCUUCAUUUUGUUCCUACGUCAGUGUUUUAUUAAAAUGCUCUAGUCAUUUUAAUAAUGUAUUUUGGUCAGAUGACUAUAUGGAGAUUAUGCAUGUCGCUUCAUUUUGUUCCAGGUCUGUGUUUUAUUGAAAUGCUCUAGUAUGUUCCUACGUCUGUGUUUUAUUAAAAUGCUCUAGUAUAGAGUGAUUUACAUAGUCAUAUUCAUUUUGGUCAGAUGACAAUAUGGAGAUUAUGCACGCCUCUUCAUUUUGUUCCUACGUCUGUGUUUUAUUGAAAUGCUCUAGUCAUAUAAUGUAUUUUGGUCAGAUGACAAUAUGGAGAUUAUGCACGUCUCUUCAUUUUGUUCCUACGUCUGUGGUUUAUUAAAAUGCUCUAGUCAUAUAAUGUAUUUUGGUCAGAUGACAAUAUGGAGAUUUAUAUGCAAGUCUCUUCAUUUUGUUCCUACGUCUGUGUUUAAUUAAAAUGCUCUAGUAUGUUCCUACAUAUGUGUUUUAUUAAGAUGCUCUAGUAUAGAGUGAUUUAAAUAGUCAUAUCAUGUAUUUUGGUCAGAUGACAAUAUGAAGAAUUAAUAUGCACUUCUCUUUAUUUUGUUCCUACGUCUGUGUUUUAUUAAAAUGCUCAAGUAAAGAGUGAUUUAGAUACAUGUAGUCAUAUCAUGUACAUGUAUUCUGGUUAGAUGACAAUAUGGAGAUUAUGCACGUCUCUUCAUUUUGUUCCUACGUCUGUGGUUUAUUAAAAUGCUCUAGUCAUAUAAUGUAUUUUGGUCAGAUGACAAUAUGGAGAUUAUGCAAGUCUCUUCAUUUUGUUCCUACGUCUGUGUUUAAUUAAAAUGCUCUAGUAUGUUCCUACAUAUGUGUUUUAUUAAGAUGCUCUAGUAUAGAGUGAUUUAAAUAGUCAUAUCAUGUAUUUUGGUCAGAUGACAAUAUGAAGAAUUAAUAUGCACGUCUCUUUAUUUUGUUCCUACGUCUGUGUUUUAUUAAAAUGCUCAAGUAAAGAGUGAUUUAGAUACAUGAAGUCAUAUCAUGUACAUGUAUUCUGGUUAGAUGACAAUAUGGAGAUUAUGCACGUCUCUUCAUUUUGUUCCUACGUCUGUGUUUUAUUAAAAUGCUCUAGUAUAGGGUGAUUUAGAUAGUCAUAUCAUGUAUUAAUGGAUUGAUUACAAUUGCUCAUUGCAUUUGAAGAUAAAGAUGUAUUUCUUUGCAUAAUUUGAUUUGUUGUCUCUAUGUUUAUAAAGGUUAUAAAAG